AAGGCAGGGGCUGUUCUAGCCUCCUUUUCAUCUAAUGUUCCCUUCCCAUGCUCUUACUGGAGAACAUACUUAUCCCCGAGCCAAGAAUCAAUAUCAAGUACUUACCUCCCUGAUUCUAUCAAGAAAAUGAAAGUGAAACCCGUCAAACAGGAUGUCAUGGAUUCGCGAAAUCAAUGUCCAAUUCUAUGUGGUAUGAGUUUUAGCAAGUAAAAAGUAGUUCUGUUUUUAAAGUGUGUGCAUAUGAAAAAUACCAAGUAUGUCUUAUGUCAUUUUAUGUUGCAACGAAAUCAUAAGAAUGUUCAUGAGAGCAAUGAUGAAGGAUCUUUCCUCGACAAGGAGAGAUGCGUUGACGGUUGCAGUAGCGAGAUCAUAAGGGAGCGUGUGCAUAGGAGGACAAUGUUUUUUUUGAAUGGUCAGAGCGGGGGUCGAGCUGUCGUAGCUGGAUUACGACACAGGCGCCGCACAGGAUAGAAGUCUCGCGUCGUCUGCAGCCUGCGUGGGCGCGGGAGGACACCAGACGAGCACCUGAGUGGUCGCAACGCGAUCACUAGUGCUGGUCGACGAAGAUGGCACAGGACGCUCGUUUGCUUCGUUCAGAGGGCCAGGCAAUAGUUGCCUGCGCGAUGCCCUCAAGCACGAGGAUGGCUGUUCUCGCUCUCUUACUAGUCGGCACAUCCGGUCCAUCAAACUUCCUAGUGGGAUGUGGGGCAGCAGCUGCAGAAGAGCAAGCGGCGAAAUCUGGUGUGCCUGCAUCAUCAUCAUUAUCAUCAUCAUCAGAGGAAAAAACGGCAAAGGCAGCUUCAUCAUCAUCAGUGCCUGACUUUGGGCGAACCGUGGUCGCCAGGGAUAAGGAAGGAACACUGCGUCCUAUUGCUGACGUAAGUAUAGGACCCGCCACUGACACGAGUAUUCCAGGAUUUGCAACAGGCACUUCUGCAAGCAACAGUCCUGCUCGCUUUCCUUCGAUGUCCAUGUCGCAACUGAGGCGUAUUUCGAAUGAGGAGUUUGCAGAACAGCUGAUUAAAUACCAUGCGGGUCACGGCAUUCCGAUGCCAGGGGAUGAGGAAGACGAUGAAGGAGCGAUGGGUGACGGAACCUACUACGGUGAGGAGGCAGAGUUCUUAGUGGAGCGAGAAGGAAAUCAGGAUGAAAACAACAACAACGUUGGAUUUGGACAGGAAGGCGCUAGAAUUAAGGGUAGGUUAAAGGUGCUUUUGUUACCGUUUGUUAUGGCUCUCCUAAGGGGGACAUCCAUAACAAGCGGGAUAAACGAACACCAAAAACUUACCUCUAAUAGAAGUAGUAGCAUUAGUGAGCAUGCUCUUCAGAAGACAACGGCUUCUUCUGGGCCAAGUAGUAGCUCUAUCGUGUCAACAUCGCCAAGCAGGACGGCGACAAUAACAAGAUCCCUAGGCGUGGUGCAGUUGACACCUCCAGCAUUGAUUUUCACGGAUCCAUCGCUUUCUGAUCUCGGCAGAAAGCUCUACGCCGGACAACGAUACUCGAUCACUAUCCAGUUAUCAGCUAAGGCUCAAUACAAUUCAUUUCUACAAGUCAUUUCUCCUUCUUUCCUUCUUAGGAUGGGCAGAAAGCAAAUGCACGCAAGAAAUGAAAUGUCUUGCGCUCUAAAUCAGAGUCAGCGUGGUUGGGGACCACAGCCAAAAUGAUGCUGGUGAAAGCGGAAGUGACACAACAACUCGCAAUUCUAGGUGAGUGCCCACUUUAUCAGUUCAAGGAUAGUGGCAGCCCGUAUGAUGCUAGUGCGAUCAUACCUGCAGCCAGCGACGACAUUUCGCAAGGUCGGUGGGAGUUCGAUCCGGGAGCGACGAUGCGGCAUGGUGGAGCGUACAAGAUAUGCGUGUCUCCAGGUGGGUCCUUUGAGAUCAAUGAUGGAACACUAGUGAACAUCGACGAAAAUUCGAACGCGGUAUCGUAUCAGUCAGUGGGAUUGUACGAUACAUGUGAGACACCUGGAUUUAAGGCUUGAGGAAAUCCAUCUUUCCCAGCGUCCUGGUCCCGUUUCUUAGGGGCAAACGGGCACCAAGAUGCACUCCAAGAUGGAUUUCUGCUAGUUCUAAUGGAUGCUUCGCGAAUAGAAGAUUUUACUGUUGGGCGCCUUUCUCGGAACUGGUGCAGUACACGCCAUCAGGGUACGAUUGCAGGAUGUACUUCGAAGGAAUCAGCUAUCAACAGUUAUGACGCACGAGCUUCGAUGAUUUGACAGAUUGAUGAUGUCCAGAGAUUCAAUGACAGUACAAGUGGUUAAACGGCUACAUGUACUUACACUCAUUUUCGUUAAGGUUGAAUCCAAGAGUACAUUUGUGACUUCUUUUUUUGAUCUACUGUCGAAGUGUAAGAUCCUUCCACCUCUUCUAACCCAAGGCGAUAAGCAAACUGUUGUCGGUCGAGUGCAGCAUAUGAAGCUAUCCUGGGGUGUUGCGCAGGAUGGAUGCCCCAUGUACAUCACUGGUAACAAGAUUGCAGACACCAGUUAUCGACCAGCGGUUAUUCCAGGAAAUUAUACGGAUUUACGGAGAGCAGGUCGUGAUGGCUAGUAAGUGCUUAGACGAGAACACUUUUUCUCUAGCGGUAAUCGUAAUCUAGGGAAUUUGUAGUUUACGUGCAACAAAUUCUUGAAGAUGAUCCACACAUACAUACUUCCCCUACCUCUCCUUCUAACCAGCGACAUCGCCGAGCAGAUGCGCACCGAGAUCAACUACAAUUUAGGCGUGAGUCAACCUACUUUGGGCCUCGGUUUCAAGUAUCAACUUUGCUUUUGUCCGGAUUUCCCUGGUAUUGCCGUUGGUAUGUGCAUGAAACCGAAUUACUACAUCCAGGACGUCGGGAGAGUCCAUUUUCUCAUGUGGUCACACGGCGUUUCACAGCCGACCUAUGCACCAAGGACUUCUAUGAUCGCUGUUACCGCUUUUGACGGUUCUGUCGACUGCGGAGAAGAAGACUGUGGAUCUUCUGUUAAGGCUGUAACUAAUUCGUCUUUUGGCGCAUUCUUGAAAAGUAUGCUUAUGCUUAUGCUCGUGCGUCUAUAAUACUCUUCAAGGAUACAACGGUUGAAAGAUGAAUUACGGAAAGCGCUAACUCUGGAAGAAUCAAACUAGUCGCUCAGCAUGCGGAUAACAAUUUGGCGCACUGGGAAGCACAGGAUAAGGGGUGUAAUACUGCUGUGCAGAGUGGAUACCACACUUAUCCGCCGAACUGUGACUUGAGCUACGUUUCGCCUUUCACUGGGAGAUUGCCAGCAGAAACGGAUCCAACGUACGAGGAAGAAAGAGAAAAACUCAUAGGCGAACUAGGCGGUUUAGAUUUAUGGUCAACAUUUAGUGUCCAUCAUUCUCGGCCAACAUUUAGUACCCUUUUCCCUUGUAUUAUUCUCGUGAAAAAAUGAUACAAGGGUAGUAAAGGGACCCCAAGAAAAUGGGGGCCGAGAUGUAAUCUAGCAGACUCUAAUAGGUCUCCAGGAGUGCAACCUCGUGCCGAACUCAGACAGCAUUGGCCGCCUCUACUACGAAGACAUCUUCAUGGAUCAGCGCACGCACAACGGUUUCCCGGUUGGGUUGGUAUUGGAUGUGUGCUUCUCGCACGCUCCGGAGUACAACACCAGUGUAAGUUUGAACCCGAACUACUUUGCGCCGAAAAGUUCUCAAGCAUUGCAGAACAUGACGACGACGUGGUUCAAAGUUGGUGAACUGCACGUGCAUCCAUUGAUGGUCGUACCCGCGGGAGAAGGCUUUUUGUUAUGUUGAAACAGAGGAGUGUAUGAGUCAGAAUGUUUCUAAUUCUGCGGAAGAUACCAUCUGAAGUACUUAUUCUUGUGUAUUGGAGCCCGCUCCCAUGCUUAGCAGUUCUUCUUCCGGAAGCAAAAAACAACUUCGUACUUAUCAUUGACAGCGCAUUUCAUCUUUUUUCCAUUCCUCGCACUAAAAUUUAGAACAACCGCUUAAGAAGUUUUUACCUCUAUAGGCUUCGCCCUUCAAACAAUCCAUUCCUCAUCAUCCAAGACUCAUCUUCUCCCUUUCAUCGCCUCCGAUGAACACUUUCACCAGCAUCACAGUCCAGGUCGCUUACAUUGGCACCACUUCCAACUUGCCAGAAGUCAAUCAAAACUACUACGACAGUUUGGACACCAAUACGACUGAUAGCGACACGAGGACGCACUUGCUGCCACUGGUCGAUAUGCCGACAGUGAAACUUUUGUGGGAUUACAAUAGGGAUUUUGGAAAAAACGAGUGCUUCAAUUAUCAGAUGUGGCCAUGGCAGAAUGCUACAGAUUUGAAAGCACCAAGACUGAGGAAACUGACGUUGGCAGAUACUGUGUUGUUAUGGAGGUGAUCAUGCUUCUUUUUUUGUGAUGUUGUAGUUGAUCAUGUUGUCUGUGUUGUUAUGGUUAUGGAGGUGAUGUUUCUUUUUUUGUGAUGUUGAGGUAGUGCUGAAUUACUAGUUCUAAUCAUCAACACCUCCGCACCCGGGUACGUCCCUGGCGAAAUGCCAUUCGGCUAUUGGGAGGAUUCGUGGUGCCUCACACAAAACAGCAACUGUAGUCUGAAAGGUGUCCGCCAAGUCGCAGGAUCUCUGCAAUUCGGCUCCGCCGCUUACCCGUUGAUGCCCAAGAUCGCUGGUGUCUACGCCGUCUGCUACUGCAGUGUAAAUUGCGACGAGGGGCCAAAUUAUUGGAUGAUUGCAGAUCGGAUCACGGUGUCUGGUCCGUACAUAGAUCCUGCGGGCAAUUUAAGGGUAGUACAAGAAAUCUCCCAUUUUCAGAGGCAUCUUGGUCCCGUUUUUAAGGGGAAAAGGAGAGGAGACCCAAGAUGCUGCUCAAAAUGGGAGACUUCCAAAGCAAGUUCUAAGCAAUGUGUUGCGGUUGACAUCGCGCGUGCAGGGUUCGUUUUCGAUGGAGGGAUACGGGUUGUCUCCCACAAACCGGUUGAGGAUCAUCCCUGAAGAAGACGACUGCUUCCAAAGGGAGAAUAUCACAGCGACGCCAACGAUUGAACAGUUAAGGGUGUCGAUAAUUCACCUGUGUCCUGGCUAUUAUUUAGUCUCCAGAAUAGUAUGACUUUACAUCGAAGCAGAAGCGGAUGUAGUGGCUUGAAGAGUCAAAAGUAGUCAAUACUCAUUAUAUCGCAGUAGAGAUUCAUCCCUGAAGAAGACGACUGUUUCCAAAGGGAGAAUAUCACUACAUCAAGGGGAACAACUUUUAACUAUUAUCUAUAUAUAAAACAGUUAAGGCUUUAGAAUUCCUGUCGACUUUGGGUGGACCAUGACAGACAACUUCUGUAGAGGAUGAAUUAUAAGUAUCUACUUGAGCGCUAAAAAAAUGCUUGCCAGGAAUCGGAUGCAGGGAUCACGAUUACGAGUAUGGGAAUCCGAGUGUGAUGCCAGAUUUGUUUCCGUUGAUUUUGAAUGACGGAACGUGGGCGCCGAAUAACCGGUACUCAGUACUAUUAUUGGAUUAAUGAGGUUGUAUUCGUCUUGAUAAUGAGGUAGAUCUGCUCUUUGAAAACAAGGUAGACCCUAACCCUAAACCGUAAUACCAUCAACCUAGAUCUGCUCUUUGAAAACAUAAACACCAUAAACCCUUGAUAGACCCUAACGCUCUUUGAAAAGGUAGACCCUAACCCUAAUCUGCUCUUUGAAAACAUAAACCUACCUAACCCUAAACCCUAAACACCCGAGGAGGCAGGUCAAACUGUGGACGGUGAAUCAAAUCCUAUCCUAUCCUACCCUAACAAAAGGUAGACCCUAACCCUAAACCGUAAUACCAUCAACCUAGAUCUGCUCUUUGAAAACAUAAACACCAUAAACCCUUGAUAGACCCUAACGCUCUUUGAAAAGGUAGACCCUAACCCUAAUCUGCUCUUUGAAAACAUAAACCUACCUAACCCUAAACCCUAAUACCAUCAACCUGAAAACAUAAACACCACCAACAGGUAGACCCUAACCCUAAACCCUAAACACCAUCAACCUAAAAACUACAGUGUCAUCACGAAGUUCGAGCGUGUUGAGGAUGCCAAUGGCGUCGGUUCCACGUGGGUUUCGUUUUCCGGUGUGCAUUUAAUGCGCGCCGGCGAUAUCAUUCAUUUCGACGACUUAGUGCCCGCUGCGAACCAUCCGAUGAAAGUGACGGACUUGAUGCGCAUGGUCAGGGCUAAAAACGUUGGUCACAGAAUCUUAGAAGCCGAGACUAUGCGAGUCCGAAUCAAUCUCGAUCUCAAGGGCUUCGACCCCGACUUCCCGACUCAGGAUUUUUAAGGGCAGGGUAAAGGUGCUUUUGUCCCCGCUUUUUAUGCCUUUCCUAAGGGAGAAAGGCAGAAAAAGCGGGGUCCACGAGCACCAAGCCCCUAUCUCUAAGAUUUUCCUACGAUCAACCUCGUAGCUGGUAAGUGGCGCAGAACCAACUUACUGGAAAUUCCCUACCUCUACUCGCCGAUCGGAAUUUCGGGAUUGAAGCUGUGUUGGUCAGACGGAGAAUUGAUGGCUGACGGAAUUCAUCCUGAUGAGGUCUUGUACAAGAAGACAGUGGGGAAGUUUUUCGUAGAUCCACCGCCGCCACUAGGAGGCAUCAAGUUGGAAAUGACGACGACGUUACACGGAGCACCGGCACCGGUCAUCGUCUCGUUCACGACCAGUGAUACGAGUUAUUACUUAUGAAGAUUGAGUACUUGAGUACUUGAGGCACGUAUUACUUUGAAUACGUACUACCAAAAUUGAGUUUGAAUACGUACUAUGACUGCAACGUCAUCUUUUAGCAUAGAUAGAUAAGGAGAUGACGUCGUACAAGUGUCACUCUCAUCACACCCUCUUCUAAGACCCGAAACCGUCGAAAACGAAAUGCGUCUGCGACUUGCUGUGCCUUUUAUCGAUCGUCUAGAGAUGUGGUCAGCUGAUGGGAGCCACAAGGUUCUCAGAGACCUCGCCCACAACGAAAUCCACGAACGGGAUCAGGGAACUUGUGGCUACCUCCUGAGGGAAGUGUGGAGCAACGACACUUCAGUCGCGGAUGAAUACAACGCAGUGGGGACGAAAUACGCUCAGCGGGAUUUAGAAGCUGGCACUUUUCCAGUACCGCAAGGAUGCUACUACGAGAUCGCGAAUGAACAAUUCGAACUGAUCGUUGUCCUGGAGAAAAACAAUGGACUGAAGAAGAACACCGAGUAUCAAAUCGUCUUGUUUGCCGCUAUGAUGAAGCAGGAUGCGGUUUUCCAGGUCACGGCGUUUGGCGAUAUGCAGAAGGACUUGAACCGAGUCAUCGAGUUGGAAGACGUCUUUUUGCCGUCUACGUUGCUAACGCGAGACGACGACCAGUGGUGCUAUCCUUAUGACAGAUGAUAUUACCGUGAUAAAUAAUAUUUAAGACUAAGGUGCGGAAACUUGAUGAUUGAGAGUACAUUUUUUAGUGCCUUCGACUUCGCUGAUAUUUUAGUACAACUACUGCCUCGUAGAAGUAUUGAGAUUGACCCCUGUUGUAGUGCUAGUGCCCGUUGUCAAUAGAACCAUCUGCAUCUACUCCGCACCCUCUAACUUCACAACCAAUGGGAUUGCGGUCCUUUGUCCCGACGCGGCGUUUUGCACCCUAGCAGGGGCCUGAUGGUUUACGCCGACAACGGCCUGCAGGAAGUUGGAACUUCCAAGUCAUUCCAAUUCCUUCUGCAGUCUGAGUCGACGCAUAGUUCGAUCAUUGAAGAGCAGAUAGUGCGUCUAUUCAUGUGGCCUCUAACCCAUUGGCGCUUACCGGAUACAGCCACGUGCUCUACAACAUGUAAGCGUCAGAAGGGCGCUCAGGAUUUUCAGACGGAUCCGAACAGGAAGUGUGCGCAAUUCGAACCUGCGUGUGAAAUGGUGCCUUUGAGCGAAAACUGUACGGAUACGAAGGUACCAGUGGAAUGAGAUUUACAGAUUAUUACAGAUUACAAGUCUAGAUGUAAGUACUUACUUCGUUUGAUGUAAGUACUUACUUCGUUUGAUGUAAGUACUUACUUCGUUUGUUAGAUUCUAAUGCUUGAUGAGACUCCUUGAUUCCUUACAACUGCAAUUGUCUUGAUUGUCUUAAAUAGAACGCUAUCUACUACUUCAGGUCCGCAUCCUGGGUACUCUGAUCGAUAUCGACUGGAACGAUAACCGCAACACGAACCACACGUGCGAUUGGUAUCGGGAAAACAGCUAUCAAGAGCUUGACCCAAAUACCGGCAAGGUCCGGAUCGGCGGCGUUUGCCUAUCUGAUGGAGCUUUGUACCCAGAACGCAACAAAGUGGCCAACCAAGUCUGCUGCGCUUGUGGCGGUGGCAGUCGGUACGAAAUCAAGAAGGCGAUCAAAAUGUACUUGCCGAUAGGGAUGAAGCCAAGAGUACGAGGCUACGAGGAGCAAAACCUGUUUCGAGUUACCUGGAGCGAUCGCCAGCCAGAAGGAUUCUUUAACGUCCGUUGGGGCGUGCAAUUGACGGACAAAGACGAUUUGAAUCCCUCUUACACAACGACUAGUGUUAUGGUCAGCUUUUUUAUUUUUCCAUCAUUCUCGGCAUCUUGGUCCCCUUUUGUUCCCCUGUAUUCUUCUCGUGAAAUACAAGGUAUUAGAAGGGGUCAAGAUGAGGGGGCCGGGAUGCAAUCUAGCAGACUCUAAUAGUGGAGCUUACAUUUACCAGUCGCCGAAUUACACAACGUUGAAUACGGUUACUGCUGCAAUCGUGAAUAUUAAGGCUCAACUUUCAUUGGUCACCAUCUUCUAGAUUGGAGUCACUGAAAUCGAAGAGGUUGGUCCCCCUGGAGAGAACAGGGGAAAAGUGAGGGAAAACAAGUAGAGAGAUAUGGGGGGGUCCCUCCCGUUCAGAGUCAGUGACCAAUGACUGCUGACCUCUAAGAAUAAGCGAGGUUAUGCGACACCCCUUCGGUUCGCUGGCGAGAAAGGCAACAGCUUUUACCUCCGCUUCAUCUUACCUUACUCUCUGGGUCCCACUUCGCGUUGGCGAUUGAAACUCCCUAGUGGCUACAAAUGUCUCUACCUCGGUCCGGUUUCCAAUGACUUCUUGUACUUGAACCAGACUGGAGACACUGUGAGGUACAAUGGUCGCGUGGCUUUAGACAUGAUAACGUAUGCGGACAACAUCUGUACCAUUCAGUUAGACAGUCGUCUACGAUUCUAUCAGAAGCAACGGUUUUGGUUCUACUUGAUGGCAGACAAUCCGAGUAAUCCUAUGAGCAUUUACGACGUAGCCAACGUCUGGGAGUGGGACAUUACAUCAGCUGGAGACAUGGUUGCAGGUCCGACGGCGGCUGAGUAUUUAGCGGAUAUGGCUACCAAAGGCGUGACAAAUGAAUUCGUCAACAUGCUGGAUGAGACGAAUCGGCUAGGUGCGAACUACUAUUAAGACCUCACUUAUACAUAUAGUUAUAAUCCAUCUUUUAGCAGCCCAUCUCCUGUGAGCUGUUUGCAAGAGGAAAAGCGGAAGCAGAUGAGGGAAAAGAUGGAAUUAUGUAGUGAGUUCUAAUACAAUGCACCACCACUACAAGUAGAUCCGAAUGGGUACUACUUUCACAUCUACCCGUUUUCUCCGAUCAUGGCUGAGCGAAACACGUGGCCAGUGCAUCCAAACAAGUCGACUGUCGAACAAACCUUGCUGAUUCCAGUGGAGCAACCGCACAGCUUACAGGACGUUUUAGUUUUGGGAGAGCCGAUGAGACUGGUUUUGCCGGACGAUUAUCUGUGGGCGCGAAAUUUCACAGUGUUGGGAACUUUGGUUCAACGAAGCUCGUUAUUGCAACCGGUUCAUCCUCAAUUCGCGAAAGAGACGGUCCUUCAAGUCUUUUUCCGUCUGAAUCGGGGCACUCUAGUUAAGGCUGUACCUAAUACAUCUUUGGACGUAUCCUUGGAACUACGUAUGGAGGAGUAUCCUAAGGGAAUACUCUCCCAUACUUUUCAAGGAUUCACUUGAAAGAUGAAUUGCGGACAGCUCUAAUCUAGCUGGUGGGGGCCUCCAACUCGACUUCCCAGACGGCUUCCAGGUGAUCCCACAGUGCUACACUUUUCAACCUCCAGACGAAUACGGGAACAUCUACCAGGGAGCGGACUUUGAUCGAACGUUUGGCGUCGGACGGAUCCGAAGUUGUGUUGGAACCUACAAAGUGCCGCUCAUCGAUCAAAACCCCCUAGUUCCCUUUUUCGACAGAGCUGUGGUACUCCUGGAUGAGCCCUUGCUGGCGAAUUUCACCUACGCGUUUGAGAUUUCGAUCACGCCAUGCACAGCAGCUUGGUAUGCGCAGCACUUGCUUGGGAAUGAGGACGCGAAGUACGUCUUUCACCUGACGACUUUGACACCUAGGGGUGAGGAGCAAGAUCGCAGUUACCACACACUCGCAUUUAACCCUAUGCAAUUUUAAGGCUACCGCUGGAGCAUCCUCAACACCAUCCUACCUUAGCCCUUUUUUCAAGGGGAAGAAGGGCCGAGGGAGGCUCUCAGGGAUGCACGUCAGUACCUCUAACAAUUGGAACUACCGCCCAGCUCCAUGCCAUUACACCGACACGGAUUAGAGAUCACACCGAAGUACCAUGUCCACGACGCUCGGCCUUACGCCUUGACGCGACGCCCGACCCCAGUGACGAUUCACAACCUGGCACUAGGUGGAUUGAAGGGAACGCUGCGGGUGACCGCUCCAGCAGGCUACACAUGGGAUUGGGACGCCAAGAAUGGCAACGCACUGCUUAGAUCCUACUUCACUGGGUUCGAAGUCUCUGAGGAACCGCAUCUCUCCUUGCCUUACACGACCACAAUCGUGAAGAACUCAACCAUGUAUCGGAUGCGAGCGCAGCCAGUAGCCUCGUUACCUUCUUCAACAGCUUCUAGUUAAGGCUUGAUGGGAGUUGACCUAUCUAUCAUCUCUAUGCGCGUCUCUAUGUCUUCUUCAAGUCCUCUAGGAAAGCCACAGAUAUGCGACCUACUAGAGGGGGGCCAACUUUCUUCCACCCCUAAUUUAGUGCUCCAGUUUCUUCAUCGAGAAGUGCAACACCUCCUGGCGCCAACGGUCUUCUACCAGCCGCUGAGCAGUAUCAGCUGUUCAACCUCAGUGUGAAUGGCACCUUCGAUGAUUGUCCAGGCCCGAUUACACCUGCAGGAACGCACCUAGCUUCCUUCGCAAAUGUUCUGGCUUGGCAAGGACCCUGUAGCUUUCAAUCCGGUCGUGUUUACGGUUUCCGCUCUUGGAUCCAGAUUCCAGACUACAAUCCCGUAGGCAGUACUAACAACUGGUACGUGGAACUGAUAACCAAUGCGACUAUGAGCAACGACACUUUUGAUCAAACAUUUACUAGUGCUAGCACAGCGCAAAAAUUGUCCGCCAGCGAAUUGGAUACCUUGACGAUCUUGAGAACCAGCACAGCUCUGCAGGAGCUAGCGAAAGUGGCGAAUGAACCAAUUGUUGAGACCAUAGACGAAAAAUCCGACAUUGGCCAAGCAUUCUUGGCAGAAGAAGUGCAUGUUUUGCGCAACACGAUCGUCAAUAUGGAGAACGUCGCGCCCUAUUUAAGGCUACCACAAAUCCAUCUUCACAGGCAUCCUGAGACCGUUUUGAAGGGGGAAAAGGUUCCAGGAUGCGCGCGAAGAUGGAUUUCUCUAUUAGUUCUAACCUAUGCAGAAGGGGCCUUGGAGUUAGACUUCGAACUUUCUAGGCCGUUGCCAGAGAACGGAACCAUUGAGCUGGACUCGCCCUAUAGGUUCGAGUAUGCGCAACACUUCCCGAUCAUUCCUGGCGCAGUGCCUACGAGACCGCCUUUUGACGGAGUAGUAAGAGAAACGCAGCCUCAAUGCAUUGUCAAAGACAUCUCGAAUAGCAGGAAUGCGAAAGUGGCGGUCACGGUCACUUUCGACGAUCCGGCGGUCCAAGCCUUGUCGGAGUUGACAUCGAACGAGCGCUACAAAGAACCCUACAACCCAUUGCCGACUGAUGUGACGUGUAGAACCGUGUAUUACUUCAGCUUGGACACCUCUGAUCCGGUCCUGCCGAAGUAUCCGAUCAACAAUGUGCGGGUGAUCAUUCAGUCUCCGGAGGCCAACGGACAACGAUUUCUCAAGGGUCGCUACGCGUUAUCCUUGCAAGUGAAGAACCCAGGACCGGACCCAAUACUUCAACAAUCCGGCGAAGACACGCCGUGCGGCUACACACAUUGCUUUACUCUGGUGUCGAUGUUUCGAGACAUAGAUUCCUUGGAAGAAAGUAGGAGGAUAUUCGAUUCCGAUCCGUCGGCAUUUCCAGGAACGCCAUACUCGUGGACGACGAUUGCAACACCUCUGCCAUUAGAGAUUAACAGUGCGAUGAUACCUUGGCUCAAAAUGGGAGAGUCUUUAUGUUGGGAGGGAUGAUGAGAUGAUAACAUCACAACUCUGACUCUGAGUACACCAAAGAAAUUGAUUCUACCGUGCAAUUUGAAUUUUAUUUGCAGAUACUUACUACCGUUAUAGAUUAAAAUGAGAAAUGCACUGCUACUUUCUUGACUUUUCAUCUGGUGGCCCUCUCACCAAUGAACAUCAAGUUGCCUCCUCUUCCUCUAACCUCCAUAUGGCUCGCCAACUAUCUCCCGAACCUGAACAACCAGAACCAGCUGUCCGGCUUCGUUCCCUAUCCAGCUUAUAUUCAACCGGCGACUCAAAACUGGCUCUCGAACACAGAUCAGAUCGUUCAGUACCAGCAUGAGAUGUAUUAUUCGACUCGCAUGCCUGAGAUACGGCAUCCGAUGAAACAGGUCUACAUCGCAGAACCCGACAGCUUCGCUGAAAUCAGAGCGUCGAUGCGUUGCGACAGGCCGAACUGCCAGAACAGCUUGGUCUUUGUGUUUACAUUGGGCGGAUGGGCGACGAUCGGAACCUUGUUGGACGAUGCUGCGAUUGCAUUGGCGAAUGAAACGGGUGUGUUGCAAGCGGAAGCCGAUAUCUACUUAAGCCUCAAUUAUACAAUUCAUGUCUACAUUGCAUUUUUUCCUAGAAGUGAAUUUUUUUUGAGCUCUAAUCUACGACCCAAUUUUGUGUCCAAACUGCACCUACGCAGGAACGGUGUUCGUGGACCAACAACCAGCGGACCAACCGGCCAGGUUUGCGGGAGGUUUGCUACGCAUUGUGGCACCGCUUGGGUACGAAUUCACUUUGGACUGCACCACGCACUUGAAUUACACAGACGACAUUUGGCCAGGCUUGCCAGGGGAUAAGUGGAAAACCAAUCGCCAUCUGCAAGACGCGAAGGAAUGGCCUGUUGGAUUUGCUUUAUACGGCACAGGACAUCCAGAAGACGCGUUGUUCACGAAUACAACGACUUUGAGGGAUUAUGGUGGGUAUCCAACGGCUAACAGAUCGCAUCCAGGGAUCAUCUACCGAUACAAGUACCGCUGUUGGGGAGAAGAGAACGUCUACUACCUGGACACGGACAACGCAACUUUUGCGCCGUCGACUAAAUACGCUUUGAGGAUUGACGUGGAGAAGAACCCAUCCGGGUUGAUCCAGAAAGAGUCGAAUCGUUGGGGCUUGCGCUUUAUGUCUCAAUCAGCAGCUGCAGAGGGCUUUGAACCUUGGGUUUGGCGAGACCUAUCUGUUGUGCCGAUUUCGACCACGACAGGCGGUCCACGCGCAACGCCAGUUGCGAUCACAUUCUCGCCUUGGACCGCCUUGCCUGGGAGAACGACGACCUUGAGCUAUGGUCGAGUGAGGAUUUUUGCGCCACAAGGGUUCUUUUUCGAGGUUGUCGACCCGAUGACCGCAGCUUGCAAUUUUGAGGUGAUCCGCGAAGGCGACUGCUUGGUGUGUGAAGUGCCUUACUUGACGGACUCUACCAAUGACCGCGAGGCGAAUGCAACGCAGUGCGUGGUGGGGAAUCCAGCAUACAACGAAGCGACGAUCACUUUCAAUGGUGCAGACGGCUUCCGAGGAGCGGGGAGUUACAGGUACACGAUCACGCUGUUUGUGUUCAAUCCGCCGAUCUUGACGUUGUCUCCGGUGCCAUGGCGUUUUCUCGGCGACACGUACGAUCCGAUACUGUCGAACGAGAAAGGCUUUCCACAAUGGCUCGCGUUUGAUGAAACCUUUUCAACCGGUUUCGCGAUUCAAUUGCCUGCACCAUUGUUAGACGUGCAGAUACCAACCGAUAAGCGUGGCGACGUUCUGCAAUUGACAGAUCAAGCAAUUAAGUUUCAAUUCACGGACCCAGUCAAGUUAGACGACCGCGUUAUUCUACAGGCACCAGCGCGGUACGAAUUUGAAGAUUUAGCUCUCCCCGUACGAGGCAAGUGUUUGGGUUUCCAGUACGAUGCGAGCAUCAUGUUCCUGAACAACACUAGAAACGUCACUGCACCGGAGGAUAUGCCGGAAAAUUUAGCCAAAGAGCCAGAUCUCCAGCUGCAGUACGAGGGCACCGGGUUCCGUAUGGAGCAUAGAGCCAACGACACUUGCUUGAUGGUCGACACCAACAACAUUUUGAGAAUGACGGACCCAAGUAGGAUAGAGCAAGUGAUGGUGUGGAAUCCUUUACCGGCAGGAUUGUACCACAUCGACGAACUCCGCGACCCCACUCUACAACCCAUCCAAACCAUGAACGACGACGCAAAGGCGCACAUUUUAGAACAAGGGUUAAGGGGGAACUUUCAUUGGUCACUGAGAUUGGUCACUGCGAUCGAAGAGGUGCUCCCUUCAGGAAAGAUGGGGGGAAAACAAAGGGAGAACAAGUAGAGGGGUAUGGGGCCCUUUUCUUUCAGCAUCAGUGACCAAUGAAUGCCGACGUUUAAAAGGGGCAGAAGAAUCCAAAGCGGAAUUCAUGGUGCGAGCUCAAGGGUGGAAUUUGUCGAAACAUCUGCAGAACAUAUAUGGGGAGAAAUACGCGGACAAGUUUACACAACUAGAGGUGAACAUAACGCAGAACUGGACCAUGCAGAGCCGCUAUCCUAUGCCGGGUUUUUGGAGUGUUUGGGGCAACAUCACUUAAGGCACAGAAAAACCCAACCCUUUACACAGCCCAUUCUUCUCAUUCCCCUUUUACACAAGGGGAAUCCAUACUGGGUUGCUGGCGUAAGGUUGGGGUUUUCUCUUCGCUAAAUCUCCGGAUUCCAGUGUCCGAGUUACGAAUUCGUGGAGGAUCCAGAUUUUCCUCGCAACUCUGGCGUCAGAAUCUUCGCUACCACAACUACCACAACAACCCCUGUCGUCCUCUUAGACCCACGUGUGAGAGUCCGCGAUGAACGCUCCAUCUUCUACCGCGAUCCCGAUUACCCCAACGUUUUGCGACGAACGAUUCUGAGCGACGUGUUUGGCUUGAGCUCGUUUAAUUGGUUCCACAGGGGUUCGGACUACUUGUUCAACGAAGUGACUCGCAUGGUGCCGUUUUGCACGCUGCUGAAAUUCCCCAUCUUGUACGAAGACACGCCGACCGUGAAUGCGGUGAUUCACUACGCGAGAAACCUGAUGCGGGAGAUCCACCACUUGCGGCAAUACCUGUACACCGAGUUGUUCUUCGAGGAAAAUUUGCGAGACCACGGAAUCCCAAAUAUGAGUCCACGCAGCUGUCGAGCGCAAGCGCAAACACAGUUGGAUGCGGAGAACCAGGUACUGCUUGAAAACAUCACAGAGUUAAGGCUGUACUGCUUGAGAACAUCUUUGGACGCUGCAUCCUUGAUGAAAUGUAUGUAGGACGCUGCGUCCUCGAUGAAAUGUAUGUAGGACGCUGCGUCCUCGAUGAAAUGUAUGGACGAGGAGUAUCCACCAAAGGGAAAAGGACUCCCCCAUACUUUUCAAGGAUGCACUUGAAAGAUGCACUACGCGCAGCUCUAACAGAGUUUAACACGACGACGACCACAACGACUACGGCAGUGUAUGGGCAGCAGUGUGACCUGGAGAAUUGGCAUAGGCUGCCGGAUGUGGGACCAGCUCUGUCGUUACUUGAGCGUAUUGAUACGAGUGGAAAUGGGCGUCACACGUUGACGAUCGACGACUUUGAGCGAUUUGGAACGAGAGCAGUGGUGAAUGCAAGUACUCCACAAGGAGCGGCGGCGGGUUCUGCUACUAGCUAUCCUGGAGUAACGGAUACAACUUCUGCGGAUAUCGAGUCCAACCCAGCUGGCGCUGCACUCUUUCAGCAGAUGAUCAACGAGCAAGCGAUUCUAGCUUCCUCGAAUGGAAGUACAACAGGAGCCGCUUCUGCCGGAAACGGCACAGGACAAGAGAUGGGUCCGUUUAUCCAGUUGAGCGAGACGGCUUUAGCGACUUUGGAGUUGUUGAGCAAGUUCAAAAGGCGUAGCGGGAUUUCAGUCAAAGCGAAGAGAACCUUUCCGAUUGAAGUUUCGAUCUUUUACCCUCUUUGCCACGACAUUCUAGUCCCGAACAAGUCUCGCAUGACAUGCCACACAAGGAUCGAGCAUUUGCCACGCGACACCAGUGAAAACGUCACGAUUGAGUACACUGCUGACAACUAUCCAGUUUACGUCGCUGCAGACUACAACAUUCCGAACGUCGGUCCCAGUGUCUGCUCCAAUCUGAUCAGCGAAGCCGAGGGUCAGGGAGCUGCUGUCGGCAACGACUUUGGAAACGGGACUUAUCCGUUUUACACGGAAGCCACUGGCGGUCUGUCCGGCGUGACGUUGGACUUUCGGGGAAACACCACAGAGCUCUACAGCGCCGCUUACGACAGUGUUCACGAGUACAGCACGCCAGUCGACAACACCUAUCGUCAGACGCGCACACCCUACGGCUACGCCAAUCGGGGUGGCGCUUUGCAAAACCAUGCCGGUUCAGAGUUACUUGCUCCAGUCAAAACGCAGUAUUUCGGAGCGCCAAGUCCUCUAGGCACGGCUCUGGCGGGUUUUGUCCCAGUCACAGAAACGUGGCCCAAGAAUGGCCUAGGCGGAAAAAGCAUCAUGUCGCUGGGAGGCGCACCGUUGCAGGCUAUUCACAGAUCCCAGUACGUCUAUCCAAACCGAGACCCUACGACUGGAGACAUCAUCUCACCCAUCAUAAAUCCAGCAGACGGUUUAAUUUCGCCCACGUACAUCCAAAUGGCACCUCCACCUCCUGGUGCGUCGGAUAUGAUGAUGGCAGGUGCUCAAGUAGCAGCGAUCUCCUCAGAAGACGCAGAACAAGCACUCCUUCAAUCUCAACAGGCUUUGCAAGCGCAACAAGCUCCCUAUCCAGAGGAGCUCCCUGUGCCUAUGGAAUUUGGCCCUAUGGAUACCUACGGCACCAGCGUACUGGGUCACGCCUACCGAUUGAUGAAAAUGCUGACAGCGGACGUGGAAGCAGCGGAACAGGCCCUCUUCGACGAAUUGAGGCGUCAAGGAGGGAUGGCGAUCAUGCAAAGCACCAAUGCUGCUCAAGCGCAGUUGAAAGCUGAAAUCGCGGUUCUCGAAGCGGAGGUCCAAGAUUUGGCGGCAUUGGGCAAUGACACCAACGCGACUUUGACGCAGAUUCUAGAGUUGCAAGGCAAACUACUCGAAGGCGAUGGCAUGAGUCUCGAAGCAGCCAUGGCCAUGGUUGUAGAUCCACCUUCGCAGAUCAACACGUCCAUGCUCGAGGACUUUCUGUCGCCUUACCCAGGAGAUGCGACUGAUUUCGAGACUACUACUGCACGUCCUUCGUGGUCUGAAGCCGUAAAUGGAGCGCCGAUGUACGAGUUUUUCCGUGUCAGAUAUGUUUUCCUGGUGAACGAGACGAUGUCAGAGGCAGAGGCGACUGCGCAGAGGUUGAAGCACUACUACAUUCGUCAAGAUCCGAUCUGCAUAAACAACCAGUUGCGCUGGAACCGGAUCACGGAACUACAUCCGAGCGUGCGGGAAGAGGGCUACAAGGGCGUGAUUGGGGUUUUGGUUUAUGGGUUUGAAGGUGAUAUUUGAUAAUUGCUUAAUUAAUAGACCAGCUGCUAGCUCGUUGUGAAUUCAUAAUCCAUCGAAGCUAUAGUUCUUAGAAGAGCUAUCUUAUAAGGAUACAUUGCAUGAUUUCUCGGAACCUCUAACACCCAUAGUUAAAAAGAGCUACUUUAUAAUCAUGCAUUCUGAACCUCUAACACCCACGUUACCGCAACGCCGACCGCGCCCCCUUCGGCUUCGAAAACUACUGGUUCUCGCAGCACUAUCUUGGCACCUUGAACCGUUUUGGCGUUUCCGAGUACAGCAAGCUGUCCGAAGCCACGUUCGAGUCCUGGUUGAUCGAGACGCAGAUCUACGGUGUGAAACUCGAUUUCAUUUUAAGGCUACCGUUGAACCAUCCUCAACAUCAUCCUUCGCCCAUUUUUCAAGGAGAAAAAGGGAGCAGGGAGGUUCUCGGGGAUGCGAGCGCGGUAGCUCUAAUCAUCUCAGGAACACUGGAUAAUGCGACUCUUGUCGUGCAGUUUAUGCUGCGAGGAACCGCAGAUUCGUUCACGCUGAUAGCGAAGCAGCCUGACGGGUUCAACUUCGGUCGAGUCAAGGUGGAGUCCGUGGGUACGCCGCUAGCAGCGUCGGCUUAUCUGGAGCGAAGACGGGCAUUGCGCGUGCGCGAGAGUUCGAGGUUGCUGGGGCCAUAUGGUCGGAAUGCUUUUGAAGAUGGUGCAAGAACUUUUGAUGCAUCUUCCAUGGAACGUGGACAACUCCUGGGCGGAAGCGAUGCUUUUAUUAAGGGUUUCUGAAUUGCAUUCCUCACUACCAUCCCUGACUCUUUUCCUAGUAGAAGAGAGGCCAAGGAUGUUCUGAAGAAUGGAAUUCCAUAACCUCUAAUUUUAUGGAACUAGAUCGCCCAGAUGAAUGGUCAUUAGGACGACAGGGAGGAAAUACUAUUUCAUCGAGUGGUCCAGAACUCCUUCAAGGGAGCAGCACUCCUGACCUAGUCCUAGACGUCGAUCCUGACGCUGAUGAGGAUGAAGCCGCGGAGCAAGAGCGGAAUUGGCACAAGGCACUGGCAGCGAUUCGAGGUGGGGGUGUGGAGGAGGAGGAGGACGGACAUCGAGAACUACGUGUAGACGAAGGCCGUGUAGAUGAAGACUCCUCCUCGGAAAAACAGCAGAGUCCGUCAUUAAGGCUGCCCCUAAUCCAGCUGUAUAGACAUCCCUCAAGCAUAUGCACCCCAAUACAAGGGAGAUACUGACGCAUAUGCUUGAGGGAUUUCCACAGGGAUGAAUAGGUGAGAGGUCUAACGUCAGCAACACUGUCGAAGAAAUCUACUGAUAAAGCUACUCUUCACCACAGGAAAAAGACACCAAUAAAGCAGGACGAUCUUCGAGAUGCCUCAUCACUCGGUAGCGGCGACAUCCGCGAUCUCCGCUUCGCCAGUGCCCCACAGUGUGAAGAGUCCAGUCAGGCCAUUGACCGCUCGCACGAUUUGAAGCGAAAGCUUCGAGAGAUGCGUAGACGGCUACAGGGCAUGAGAAUCGAUGAGGAAACUGCUAGAAAGGCUGUCGAAGCGAGUGCGAAAGCUGCAGAUGCAAUGGUGGAGAAUUUGCUGUCAUCUUCAUCUAGUUCGACCGAGGAAAAAGCAGCUUCCUCAGAAGUAGCGCAGCUAGCGCCUCCUGUCGUCGUAGAACUAGCGACCCCUCUCGAUGAUCCUGAGUCGCCGAUCGGGGUACUUCUACGAGAAAUGCGCACUGUUGAAAAAGGCAUCAUGCGGUUGGAGAACUACAACGAAGACAAAUGCCGCAGUGAUGCAAGUCUAGGUCGGUCGGGGAGUAAAAUGCCGACCUUUCCUUUUGGAGAGGCAUCGUCGGAAGCGCAACCUGAAAUGCCACCUAUGGUGAACAGCGGAGAAGAGUCUUCUCCUUCGGCUAAAAAACGAGAUCUGAUGCAGGAGUUGACUCAUGAGCUUCAACAUGGUACAACUGAUGCCGGUAGGAGUUCAGAUUCACGACCAAGCACUAGUUCAAAGAGGAGCAACAGCUUUGGAGGUCCGCUGAUGUCAAGACCACCUGGUGAUGCUCAACGCCGUCAAAGAGUUUCCGGCAUCUUCGAAGAUGGUGGCGUGAGUUCCGAGUCAUCAGCUGCAGCAGUGGUGCCACCACUUGAAGGUGUUGAUGCAAGAGGGGCUCCUAAUAGGGCUAUGCUUGCUUCUAGUGCAGGUGCUGAGGAUGGCAGCAGCAGUGAUUCCCAACAGGAAUGGGGUGACGGUGACAACAAAGAAUUAUUGUUAGAUUCAACGGGAGCUGCAGCUGCACGACGAGCACGACAAGAAGACGUCGAGUCCUCAUCAUCACAACUGCGUAGUUCCUUCGUUCCACGAACAUUUGUGCCUAGAAGAAGUACGCAGGAGUAUUACUACCCAGAUCUGCCGGACACGGUGGCAGAAGAUUUGUUUGAGACGCAGGAUGCUUUGGCCGCUUCUGGAGGAAGCAAGACGAAAACUCCAUCUAGAGAGCAGGGCGCAGGAGGUGUGCGACGAAGCGGGCGAUGUAGGAGUAGCGACGAUAUUAAAACUUGGGCAGAGCUGGUUCUUUUGGGAGGUGCAAAUACUCAGAAUGGUCCAUGCUCGGAGGAGACAGUGGUUACCGAGAGAGCAUCAACUCAACAACAAGUAGAUAAAAGCCGGGAUCCACGUGGCGAGGACGCAGCCGGAAGAGUUUUAGAUUGGCGCUAUGUCUCAGAAGAUGUAGCCGCGAGAGAUUUUGCGUUCAAGAGGCCACAAGAUAGGAGUGAUGCAGGGGCUGGCGAGAUUUACACCGAAGGAGACCCAGAGGUGGACGGCUUGGUAUUUGCGAAUCCGCACUGUGAGGACGUCCUGGACCAGAUCAGAAAACUCAGAGUACAAAAACGGGAAGCUGGCGGAGUGCCUGAUGCUGAUCUCGUGCUGGGACAUAGUCGUGUUCUAGAAGCGAAGAAGGAGAGCAGUGCGACUUCGGUGGAGAGGCAAGGUAGACCCAAGAUGGACGUCAAAGCAGAUACAGUUGAUGCGAAAACUGAGGCGUCGACAGAGACAACAGAGCCAAGCCGGGUGAAAGAGACUGAGGGUGCAUCUGCUAGAGAGACAACACCUCAGCAACCUGUAGGCCACGAAGCUUCAGCAUGGGAAAGGCUUCUCUCCGCUUAUCGCGGAUCACUCGACCCCAACCUCGUCGAGAAAUGUGAGAGUUUGAAGGACCGCUUUUUGUUCACAGACUCUCCUAGGCAGAGACGGUUAGCAAGUCAGGGUCUUGAUGCUCCUGAUGCACCGGGUGGAAGUCGAGGUAUAUUAGAGGUCUCUAGCACGGGAACGACCUCAGCCUCAUCUAGUGCUGCGGACUCAAGGAUGCGAAAAUACAAGACAAUUUUGCAAACUAGUCGUGACGCGCAAGAAGCUUUCAGUACACCCAAAUUGAAGAGAGCUCGGAAACGAAGAGAUAGCGCUGGAGGUGCAAGAACUGCAUUAUCCUCUGCUGCAACUGCAUUAUCCUCUGCUGAGGCGGCGAGCAGAGUAUUGCAGGAACAACUUCUACAAGAGGAAGACGACUACCAACUUUUUACUCCUUCAACCCUCUCUGCAGUAGAGUCAUUCCGUUUGAGGCUGAACACAGCACAAGCACCAGCAUCUUCUUCCUCCGCGUCCGCUCGACAAUUACAGCCUGACUGGUUUUUCACCAAGGUUCCCAUCACCAUAGACUAUGCCUUCAAAAACGAACUACGCCUCAAAAUGAACGCUCCCAAAGACUAUCCGAUUAAGCUGUUGCUCUAUUUAAGGGAACCGGGAAUCCAUCGUCAGAAGCACCUUGGGGCACCCCACUCCUGGAACUUCAUACACUAGCUUUAUUUCAUAGAUAACUUCCUAUUAAUUAUCCAACUUUCAACUAACCAUUCAACCAAGGAAAAAGUACAGCCCCAAGAUGACUUUCAAGAUGGAUUCCAGGACGACGGUCUAAUCUCUGGCGUGGAAUUGCCCCAAUUUGGUGGCGAAACUAGCUUCGAUCUGACCACUUACUUCCGAGGAGAGGUACAGGAUGAGUCUUUAGGCUGUUGUAGACCGAGCAUCGAGAAUCCGAGUACGGCAGCUCUGUCCUUCCGUAUUCCACGAUCCUUGCCGGUUCUCAGUGCGCAGAAUUUGAAUCGAUUCGGCCAAGAGCCAGACCGAUAUCCGGUCGAAAGCUCUUUACCAAUCAGAUACGGGGAUAAGAGCUUUAUCGUGUUUGAAAUCCUUGCCUCUGGGCCAGUUGCACCAGGCGAUGUGAUUGAGUUGCAGGCGCCAGCAGGCUACAGGUUCGCACCCGACUACUGGGAGCUGAAAGACAUCUCGGAUUGUCCUGUGAAACCAGGCGUAAUGGGCUGCGCUUGGCCAUUGAUGGCCUUGUCUCUCAACGCAGUGCUGAACAACGGCGGCGAUGAGCCUUCGAUUGUUUUGACAGUGGACAAAUUCAGUGACAUUUGGCUAGCCAUGUACGAGAGGAUCGAAGCCUUGGCCGACCGCGAUGUGCCCCUCAACCUAGAGGACCCCAAAACCCGCUACUUAAUCGAUCGAGGCUUGCUAGACGAAACGUUGACGCCUGGUUCGAUCAAUAGCACAGAAGCGAUUUCUCUAGCGCCUCCAUCCGCUAUGCCGGAGAACGAAAUCAAGCCUGACCGGGCUUAUCGCCUAGUGUUAUGGGUGUAGGGAAUUAUUCAUCAUCUCCAAAUGAGUCAUCUGAGAGAGAGAGAAAGACAAGAGGAGUCAUCUGAGACGAGAGAGAGAAAGACAAGAGGAGUCAUCUGAGAGAGAGAGAGAAAGACAAGAGGAGUCAUCUGAGAGAGAGUAGAGAGAAAGACAAGAGGAGAUAAAACAGGGACCCAGUGAUAAAUUCCCUGAGAGGAAUUCCCGAGGAUACCUCUAAUAGUGUGCCAGAUCACUGCACCAGACGAGCCAGCUCAGCCGCCAAACCACGAGUUCCACAUCCGGUUUACUACAGUAGAGGCAGUAGCGAAUGGCGAAUAUCCGAAUGACGCAGGUCGUUCGCCAGACUUCGUGAUGACCCAACGCUUACCCUUCAGGGUGAUGAAGUCUAAACUAGCCUUCCACGACGAUGACAUGAUCUACACGGAUGCCUGGCAAUCCUUCGUUGCCGCAGAGAGUUUCCUAGACGUGCAACUAGAAUUUCCCCAACGUUUUCCGAAAAACGUCGGUGUCACCAGUUUGGAGGUUUAUCCGCCGACCAGUGGUUUUUUCAUGCCAAGAUUUGCGCCGUUUUCGGAUCGACAGGAGAUCAUGCCCUUUCAGUUUUCGCCGAUGAGUGUGCAGAAGAUUCGACCGUUUUCUCAGAGGGUGGAGAUCAAUGGAACGACGCUGUUUCCGUUAGGAAUGUUCGUGCAGUCACCCGGAGGCGUGACGUUAAAACUGGUGUGCAAUAGGAAUGACUCGAGGCCAUUGGACAAGGAGGUUGUGCCAGUGCAGGACUUUCAUUGUUAUGCUGGACUUUAACUGUAUUAAUUCUGCCUACUAUUCAGUCUAGUCUCUCUAAAUUCUCUUUCCACCCUUAGCCACCUUUCUAACUCUCGUACAUCAUCGGCAACGCGAAAGACCCAGUCACCGGCGUCGUUUCUCAAGUAGGCUGGGAACGAUUCGAGGCCAAUGACCUACUGGUUUCUCAGUUUCCAGUGCAAUGGAACCCGUUGACGAAAUGGACUCAAGGUGCCACAGUCGAUGCCAUGUUUGAACUCUCUUUGCGUGUCCCAGUUCCAGUCGGUGGAGCUUUCUAUCUGAAAGCGCCGCCAAACUUCAAGUUUCGGUGUCCGAUAACCACGAUAAUGGUCCCAUCACCCUCGUACAUGCCUCUGUGCGUCUUCGCACCGAUUCAUCCUUUGCUGCAGGGCUGCGACCGGUUGGCGCGCGACUUGGAACAAACGACUUUCGAAAUUGAGCGAUUGGAGAACCGGACGAUCUAUUUGCAGGCUUUGCAGCUGAAGAAACCUAGGGACAUGACGAAGCAGGAGAGGAUGGACUUCAUUGCGGAGAAUGUGAACUCUACAAUUGCGAAAUUAGAGGUGCAGAAAGCGCUGAGACAGGAGAUGGAGGAAGCGAUCUUAAGGCAUCUGAAAGCUGCUGUUCCCAAUCCAUCCCCAGAAGCAUCUCGGAGCUGUCCCACAAGGGGAAAAGAGGUCCCAGAGGGAUCGAUCUCAGGAUGGAUUAGGCUCCGCUCUAACGAACCCUUGUGAAUUGCGGCAUGAAGUCCUGUUCGCUUUUCAGACGGCCACGCAUCCACCAACGUUUUUUGGAACGAAAAUUUAUGAUAAGCGGAUGUAUGACUUGUGAUUGAACUGGUGUUUCUUCCAACACAUUCAUAAUUCAUGAUUCCUAUUCUCUUCGAAAACCAAGCUGAUGUUUUGAUAUUUCUUCCAACACAUAGGUCAUCAUAGUUAUCCCUUCGUUCCUCUGCUAAUUCUCGACGAAAACCAAGAAGCGUAUGACUUGUGAUCGAAGACAAUCGAUAUCGUGCUUCGAUAGUUUUUCCAACACAUAAUUCAUGAUAGAAGACCACUUGCAGGUAAAACUAAAUCACUCAUCUUUCUUCUAUUCAUUGCAUACCUCCCUUCGCUCCUCUUCUAAUUCUCGACGAAGACCAAGCGUGAUUUCAUCACGGGUGAAAUGGUUACGCAGGAGCAGAUGGUCGCUGUACCAAUAAUGGUGUACAAGUUCAAUAUCCGCAUCGAGCUUCCCGAAGAACAACUACCUCCUCCGAAUCGGUACAACGAUUUCGACGUCUUAGUCCUGGACCGCUUGAAGCGCACCAUCGAUAACAACGUGAGCGUUCCCCCAUCGCCGUAUUAUCAGGACUACAUAUUAAGGCUCAACCUUAAGGUUCAUUGGAGGAGCUCAAGUUGGUUCAUUGGUCACUGGUUCAACCUUCAUUGGUCACUCGCGUACGUAGACUUGAAGUGACACUGGUCACUUCAGUGGUCACCUUCAUUGGUCACCUGAGUGAGGGCCCUUGGGGUUGGGCACUGAGAUCGAAGAGAGCCCACCCUUAGAGAACAGGGGAAAACAAAGGGAAAACAAGUAGGGGGGUAUCUAUGGGGCCCUUCCCCUGUUCUGAAUCAGUGGCCACUGAGUGCCGACCUUUAAACAUAGUCGAAAACUUCACGACCCCUUCUAAAGAUAGUCGAAAACUUCACGAUUUGGUACGACCAUGCCUUGACGAGGCGAGAGGUGAAUCCAGGUGGAACGGUUAUACCGUUUUUUGUCACCAUCGCUAUCAAGCGCAAGAUACCACGAGCAAAGGGGUUCAAGAUCUUGGAACUCGAGGUCCCCCCUGGCUUUGCCAUGGAGAUAUCGUUGCCGAGUGACGUCCAGAUGCUGUCAGAAGCGUUUCCGGUUCGCGCAUGGGGUUGGGACCCAAAUGCGAAUCCAAUUAGACAAUUGUUCUUUUUAUGGCUUUAUCACCUUUUUUUGAUGGUGAAGAUGGUUUAACCAGUUUAACCAGCUUGGUGUUGUGAUAAUUGCAUCACGUUUUACAACUUAGUAUUCGCACGUCCAAUGGACGGCAGUCUCUUGAAUAAUCCGCUGUCCUAGUAUCUUCACUUACCAACAGCUUGUGCCAACAACAACUACCCCAAAUACCUACAGUUUUAAUCCCCAACAUGCCUGACAAUACCUACAGUUUUAAUCCCCAACAUGCCUGACAAUACCUACAGUUUUAAUCCCCAACAUGCCUGACAAUACCUACACCUCUAAUCCGGAACAUGCCUGACACCGACGACGCGGAUUAUGAUGGUAUAGAACCUGGUCAGCUCGCCUUUCAAUUGCCACUGAGGCUCCCCACCGGCAGCAACAUCACGGAGUUUGACGCCGAAAAAGAAUACGUCAACUUCUUCAAGAUCAAGUUCUGUGACGAUUUUCCCUUUUGUGUGGACAACAAAGCGGAGUUUCUGACGCCUGGCUUCCAAUAUGACGAAAUCACGAGAGACGAUUUCAUCGUUCUGCCAGACGGAUUUGGCUCGGAGCGGUUCACGAAGAUAACAGAUCGAAGCAUAGCAGGACGAGGACAAGACGGAGCACAGUUACGAUAAAAUGGAUGCUAUAAGUACUUUGAUAAGUGAAGACAGUGGCUACUUUGAGUGGGAGCAGCUACUUUGAUACCAGGGGGAGUUCUUUUGAAAGUGGCUACUUUGAGUGGGAGCAGCUACUUUGGAGCUAGUCGGUCAGUCGGCCAGCACGGUUGCCUGGAGCGUGUUGUCGGUCGGUCAGUCGGUCGGUCAGUCGGUCCGUCGGUAUCAAAGUAGCUGCUCCCACUGCUUCCCUCAAGACCCUGAAAAACUUUGAUACCAGUGGGAGCAGCUACUUUGAUACCAGUGGGAGUUCUUUUGUCAUUGCACACUUUACCCGAGCCAUACCGUCUCUAGUGCUUUUAGUUUUCCAGUAGAAGUCUACUUACUUAAAAACAUUCUCAUUGCAGUUGAUGGAAUGAUUUCAAAGCUCUAACUCAAGAAGGCAGCAGCGUUUCAAGGAAAGGCGGACGAGGGGGCGCUUAUCUUGUCGGCUGUGCGGUACCGACAGAAGGUCUCUUGCUAUUCUUAGUCAGCUUGAAGAUGCUUUCUCUUUGGUAGAGCACACAAGACUUUCCAUCUGUACUCAACACUCACUCGGUAGAUGUUUGUAACUAGCAGAGUCGCACUAAUCUCUCGAACUAGAAACAAGUUGCUUUUAUUUCACAAUUUCGUAGAAACAGUUUGAAAAUUUUCCAUUGCAUCACCUUAUAGAUACUUACAACUACGAAAAGAAUGAACUGCUCGGUACACUAGUGGAUGCAGUAACGCAGGAAAAUAUGCAUCGAUAUAGUUACCAAUGUCUGAAAUUAGCGAUAGUAGCAGAGUUCCGUUGCAGCUAUGGAUAGAACGGAAUCGAAAUUAAAUUCUUCAACCAAGUUUAAAGGUUCAUGCCACUCUAAAGGUUUAUGCCACAGAAAUGUACAGUUAAGUAAGUACUUAGAUGAAUUCGGGAGCAGUAGCGUAGCGAUCGUUUUUGCUUGUUUUUUUGCUUGUUUUUUUGACGAGCAUUAUAUAUAGUACAAGGGAGUAUGGAUAGUUCAAUCUUACGUCAAUCUAGUUCAGAGUCAGGAAGUCUCUCCCGAGGAGCUGUUCGUAGGUAGCUAUAGUUUUAGCAUUGUAUAAUUAUCGGAUCAAAUACUAUUACAGCAUCUGGAAAGCAGCAAGACGUAGUGGAAUUUUCGCAAACGUCGUCAAACAGUUUUUUCAACUUUAGAAAUGUAUAGCAGGAUUCUCAUGUAUCGUAACCCGAUGCCAUCCUAUUGGCUCCCAGAUCAUUUACAAUGCCAUCAAACCCAGGCUAUCCAGCUCCCAUGUAUUUUGCUUACAAGUAGACUUAUAAUUAUCCAUCAUGAUCUAAUUUUGACUCGUGGUAUCAAGAACAUUGUAACUCGUAUAACGACCUAACCUUAUCCUUAACACGCUUCAGUGUAUCUUCGAAGAAGCUAACUCAAACAAAUCUGGUGCAAGGAAAAAGAAGGGAACGCAAUGGCUUAUUUAGCUCGUCUCCAGAGAACGAGGGGUCACCUCAUC